AGCCCGGUGAUGAUAGUCUCUUCGUGUAUGAUUGCAUGAAUGCGGAGAAGAAGCCUGUAGGGAAUAAAGGGCAGGAUGGACAGUCAACAGAUAAAGGAAGUGAUGACAUCUUAGCAUUUGCCUUCUCCUUAUCAGGAAAUUAUUUUGCCUUGACAGAUGACAACAAACGUCUGAUUCUGUUCCAUACCAAGCCUUCGUGGGAAUGUGUUAGUGUCAGAUCUGUGAACAGGAGAUGUACUGCCCUCRUUAUUACAGCUGCUGAGGAUAAGAUUCUGGUUGCAGACAAGUCUGGUGAUGUCUAUUCGUAUUCAAUAACAGAACCCCAAGCAGAAGGAAAACUUGAACUGGGUCACUUGUCCCUGCUAACAGAUGUGGCGCUGAGUCCUGAUGACCGGUAUAUCCUGACGGCCGACAGAGACGAGAAGAUCAGGGUCAGUUUGGCUAAAGCUCCUCAUAACAUUGUCUCCUACUGUCUAGGACACAAAGAGUUUGUAAGCAAAAUAUUUGUAAUACCCAACUAUCCAGAUUUGCUGUUGUCAGCUUCUGGGGACUGCACCGUGCGCCUCUGGGAGUACAGGAGCGGCAAGGAGGUGUUCUGCUGUCACCUGAGCAGCCUGCGCCGGCCCGAGGCCGCCCCGACGCCCCAGAAAUACACUGUGUCAAGAAUAACCUACUGCAGUCGAGGUGGUUAUGUUGCCGUUAUAUGUGACUGUGUUCCCACAGUCUACAUCUUUCAGCUUGAUGCCAUUGCCCAACAGCUAGUUCACAGACAGCAAAUCUCCCUGGAACACAGAGGCUGGGAUGUUGCAUUUGAGGAAACGGGAGAUCUCUGGAUUUUGCAGGAAAGCAGUGAAGCCCCUCUUCUGUUGCACAGACCAGAGGAUGGACAGUGGAAGCCUGUAACUGAUGACAAAGGAUUACAGAAGAUGUCAAAAUAUCUUCGUGACAACUGGACAAUGUUUGAAGGUUSUGUUGGUGCAGAGAGCCACUACAGCAGUCUCUACAAGGCUUCUUUUGAUAACAUGGCCACCUACCUGCAGAGGAAAGAGGAGAGGUUGCAGCAGCAGCAAAAAAAGAGAAAGGAUCUGCAACAUGGCUCUAAUGGACAAGCAAAAAAGAUUAAAAGUGAAGAACCGUCACUAUGACACUGCCUGUUAUUAGCUCGUUACUUUGACCAAGCUGAAAAGAGCUCACCUUGUCCUGGACUGUUUYCAGAUGUAAAUUAUGGAGGAGAUUUCAUUUAAAUUUGUACUGAGAUUGAAGUUUUUAGGUAGCCUGACAUGAACGGUGCCCUGCUUGCAGCAGGUGCUGCRUUUGUUACAUGUCCAAGCUUCUAACAGCAUAAGGAUGUUAGUAAGUACAGUCCAAGAGUCUCUGAUGCAUGAUAUAUGAAUAUUGGAGAUGUUAUUUUCCUUAAAACAGGAUUUCCUUUGUGCCUACUGUGUUCAGGCUUGCUUCUUCGGGUGGACAUGCACUGAUUAAAGUUGACAUAAUUUUUUUUACACUUUUUUAAGGCUUGUUAGCUACAGUUCAGUUUGUAUAAUAGGGUUUCUGCCUAGGUUCUGACUGAGGGCUUCUUGCUUGUAGCAUGUUUCUACAAGGAGUGCGAAAAAUAGAUUUUACACGCUGGAAAGUAAGACUAUAAAGUGUCAACUUCAUGCUAUUGGAAGAUGAGCCUUCUACUGCAGUGUGAUCCUAGUGUGCCUGUGAAAAUGAUUUGAGAGGCCCAUGAGCGCAUUCUGCUUCUUUCAGCAAAAACUCUCACAUUGAAAUUGGCCAAGAAAGAUCUUUUUGAACAGUUAUUAGUAAGAGCUGAAUGGAGUUACUUGUUGCUUCAUCACAAGGCAGAGGAUAUAGAUUCCUCUACCAGCUGCCAUCAUGUCUGCACGGACUAUAGUGCAUGGACUUCAGCUGAGACUAAAACCACGUGUAGAAAUCURUGUGAUCUUUUAAAUAUUCAGAAUUAGCCUGUGAACCAUGAGUAGUUCUCUAGGUCUCUAUAUAGCUUUCAUCUCUGGAAUAUCSUGGACACUUACAGUUUUUUGCAGUCCAAUAUUUUGGGUUAUGUAACUGUGUUAGACAUUGAGGA